UCAUGGUGAAGACCAUGGUGGGCGGCCAGCUGAAGAACCUCACCGGGAGCCUGGGGGGCGGCGAAGACAAGGGGGACGGGGACAAGUCGGCGGCCGAAGCGCAGGGCAUGAGCCGAGAGGAGUAUGAGGAGUAUCAGAAGCAACUGGUGGAAGAAAAGGAGGGAAAAGACAGACCGAGUCGGAGGCCGCGAGGGACAUAUAUCAGGGCCUGCAGAGAAAGACAUACUGACGUCCCCGCCCGGAGAGCUCCGUCCAGCGGCGGGAUGGAGAGGGACGCGCAGUUCACACAGAGGAAGGCCGAGCGGGCCACGCUGCGGAGCCACUUCCGAGACAAAUACCGGCUCCCCAAGAAUGAGACAGAUGAGAGCCAGAUCCAGAUGGCAGGUGGAGACGUGGAACUGCCCCGGGAGCUGGCCAAGAUGAUUGAGGAGGACACAGAGGAGGAGGAGGAGAGGGCCUCGGUCCUCGGGCAGCUGGCCAGCCUCCCUGGCUUGGACCUUGGCUCACUCAAGGACAAGGCCCAGGCCACAUUGGGGGACCUAAAGCAAUCAGCUGAGAAGUGCCACAUCAUGUGACGACUUUCCCUGGAGUUGCCCACUGGGGUGAUCAGAGGGCUGGGCCCACAUGAGGGCUAAGAGCAUGUCUCAACUUCCAGGGACCUAUACCCCAUCUUGGCUUUGUUUUCCCUGCUCCACACUAGCCCUAGGAUCCUUCUCAUCCAUGGCCCAAGCCUACUUUCCUAGUCUCUCCCUCUCCACUGGGAGCGAAGUCCUCAUUUCUCACCCUACCCUCAGGACCCCGACUCAGCCUGGGGAGGCCUCCCAAGAUUGCAGGAAUAGGCCCGUGCUCUCUGGCCAUAGCCCCAAGUUCUUGCACACAGGAGCACCCACAGAGAGACACACAGAGGGACAUGGGAACCCUGGGAUGUGCAGAGGCAUACACCACAGAUGCAUCCUGGCACACAAAGACACACACACCCAGGCCAGCUGCCCUGUGUGCCUCACGCCUCCAGACACCAGCCCUCAGAGAUGCUGGGAGGAGGCUUUGGACAGAUGCCCUCAGCAAGCAGGAGGCCUGAGUUCGAGUCUCCACAUGUGUUCUCUUUGAACGCCACUGCUCUUUCUGGGCCUCAUUUCAUCAUCUGUAAAAUAGGGGUGGACUGGGUGAUUUCUAACACUUUCUAGCUUGGCCUCCCUGGCCCUCAGAGCCAAUCCUACACCCUUCCUUCAGCAGGGCAGCAGCUGCAGCCAUAGCCUCAAGCAGCUGCCAUUGUACUGUGGGCUCUGGCUCCUGGAGCUGAGCGAUGCUGUGGGAAGGCCUGAGUACCAAGGAUGAAGCUGGCACUGAACAUUAGCCCGGGAAGCUCCAGGCCUCCUCUGGGCCCAGGCCCAGGCAAUUUGUGUUCUGUCCCUGUAGAACUCUCUGGAUUCCAUAGCUGGAUCUCCUCUCUUG